AUGGUGUGGAUGACUAGCCUGAGAAAUUAUAGACUGGCUGAUGUACAGACAGGUUGCAGUGUGUGUUGCAAGUCAUCUUGGAAUCAGCUACAGGACCUGUGUCGCCUGGCCAAGCUCUCCUGCCCUUCCCUCGGCAUCUCCAAGAGGAACCUUUAUGACUUUGAAGUCGAGUACCUAUGUGAUUACAAGAAGAUUCGUGAACAAGAGUAUUACCUGGUAAAGUGGCGUGGAUACCCAGACUCGGAGAGCACCUGGGAGCCACGGCAGAAUCUCAAGUGUGUCCGCAUUCUCAAGCAGUUCCACAAGGACUUAGAAAGGGAGCUGCUACGGCGACACCAACGAUCAAAGCCACCCCGGCACUUGGACCCAAGCUUAGCUAACUACUUGGUGCAGAAGGCCAAGCAAAGGCGAGCACUGAGGCGGUGGGAGCAGGAGCUGAAUGCCAAGCGCAGCCACCUGGGACGCAUCACUGUGGAGAAUGAGGUGGACUUGGACGGGCCUCCGCGAGCCUUUGUGUACAUCAACGAGUACCGUGUUGGUGAGGGCAUCACACUCAACCAGGUGGCUGUGGGCUGCGAGUGCCAGGACUGUCUGUGGGCUCCUGCUGGAGGCUGCUGUCCAGGAGCAUCACUACAUAAGUUUGCCUACAAUGACCAGGGCCAGGUGCGGCUGCGAGCCGGGCUGCCCAUCUACGAAUGCAAUUCACGCUGCCGUUGUGGCUAUGACUGCCCUAAUCGCGUGGUACAGAAGGGCAUUCGCUACGACCUUUGCAUCUUCCGCACAGAUGAUGGUCGUGGUUGGGGCGUCCGCACACUGGAGAAGAUCCGCAAGAACAGCUUCGUCAUGGAGUACGUGGGAGAGAUCAUUACCUCAGAGGAGGCAGAGCGUCGGGGCCAGAUCUACGACCGCCAGGGUGCCACCUACCUCUUUGACCUGGACUACGUGGAGGAUGUGUAUACAGUGGAUGCCGCCUACUAUGGCAACAUCUCUCACUUUGUUAACCACAGUUGUGACCCCAACCUGCAGGUGUACAAUGUCUUCAUAGACAACCUUGAUGAGCGGCUGCCACGCAUUGCUUUCUUUGCCACAAGGACCAUCCGGGCAGGCGAGGAGCUCACCUUUGAUUACAACAUGCAAGUGGACCCCGUGGACAUGGAGAGCACCCGCAUGGACUCCAACUUUGGCCUGGCUGGGCUCCCUGGCUCCCCCAAGAAACGGGUCCGUAUUGAAUGCAAGUGUGGAACUGAAUCCUGCCGCAAAUACCUCUUCUAGCCCUUUGAAGUCUGAGGCCAGACUGACCGUGGGGGCCUGAUGCCACCUGCCCACCCACCCACUGCUGCCCUCCUGUCAGAGGAAUGAUUUCCAGGGCCUCCUGCCUGCCGCCACCUGCCCCUACAUGCUCAGGGCUGCAGGGAUAUGGUGAGGACUGACUCCAGGAGUCCCCUCUCCCCAUCCCAGCCCCAUAUGUGGGCUGCACUUACAAACCCCUUGCCUACCUUCAGAAGUCAUUUUUCUACAUCAGGACUUUCUGCAGUCAAGACCUAUGGCUUAUCAAGGAGGUCCAAGGGGUGAGUCCCAGCCGAGCCCCAGAAUAGAAAAAUGUUUUUGCACCUGCUUCUUUCUGCCUGGAGCUUGAGGGGUCUGUUGCAGGCCUCCUCCCUACUGCCCCAAGGGUGUGGGUACACAACCCCAGGACAGGAAGAUCUGGUUAGAGCCCAGAGUUCCCAAACCUACUCACUGUUCUCUGGGGUCAGAAACUUUGUGUUAGUGAAAUAAAAAGGAUCCCCAGAACUGGGGCUGAGGCUGGUUUCUUCUUGUGCUCACAGUGACGCUGGUGUUGGCCCUGGAAGCUUUAGGAGCGCUUCUUCAGGGCCACCUCAUCUGAGAAGUGGCAGUCACCUGCCACUG